UAGUCUAUGCUUAGUGAGGUGUGUUUGACUUUUACAUUGUGUGUGUUUUCUACGUUCAUUUUAUUUUUCCUAUUUAAAAACUUUUACUUCCUUCUUUUAUUUAUUAAUAAAUUUUAUUUAUUUUCUUAUUCGGUGUGAAACAGAAAAAUCUUGGAUAAUUAGCACCACGAUUGGAAUGGAAAGAAAGCUUAAUGUUAUAGAAUCCUUGCUACAAUACACCAGCCUAAGAUUACCCGAUGCAAGACUAAAUUAAUUGGUUGCUGUAAAACAAGAAGUGUGUUGAAGAUAUAUACGCGCACAAGCCAUUUAACUGCUACGAAAGUGCUCGCGUCGGGCAGUGAGUGCGGCGGUGGAGGGUCGGGCGGCGGCGCGCCCGCUCCACAGUCGGCGCGCGUGUCCUCGAACGGCGCCGGUGGUAUGGCGGUGAGCCGUGUGCCCAGCCCGUUGCACGACGGGAACACGCCCGUCGCGGAGAACUGGUGUUUUACACAGGUGAAAGUGGUUAAGUUCAGCUACAUGUGGACAAUCAAUAAUUUUAGUUUUUGUAGAGAAGAGAUGGGUGAAGUGUUAAAAUCAUCGACAUUCUCAGCUGGUGCUAGUGAUAAAUUAAAAUGGUGUCUUCGUGUAAAUCCAAAAGGACUCGAUGAAGAGAGCAAAGACUAUUUAUCGUUAUAUUUAUUAUUAGUGUCAUGUAAUAAAUCAGAAGUGCGUGCAAAGUUCAAGUUUUCAAUAUUAAACGCGAAACGGGAAGAAACAAAAGCGAUGGAGUCACAGCGCGCGUACAGAUUCGUUCAAGGCAAGGAUUGGGGAUUCAAAAAGUUUAUCAGAAGGGACUUCCUAUUGGACGAGGCGAACGGUCUCCUCCCCGAGGACAAGCUGACUAUAUUCUGCGAGGUGUCAGUUGUAGCGGACAGUAUAAACAUCAGCGGGCAGAGCAACGUGGUGCAGUUCAAAGUGCCCGAGUGUCGGCUGUCGGACGAUCUCGGCGCGCUGUUCGACAGCGAGCGGUUCUCUGACGUCACGCUAGCGGUCGGAGGGCGAGAGUUUCAAGCGCACAAGGCGAUACUGGCAGCGCGGAGUCCAGUGUUCGCGGCGAUGUUCGAGCACGAGAUGGAAGAACGGAAACGCAACCGGGUGGACAUCACGGACGUGGACCACGAGGUGCUGCGCGAGAUGCUGCGCUUCAUAUACACGGACCGCGCGCCCAACUUGGACAAGAUGGCCGACGAUCUGUUGGCGGCGGCGGAUAAGUACGCACUGGACAGAUUAAAAGUGAUGUGCGAAGAGGCUCUCUGUUUAAGUUUAUCGGUAGAAACGGCCGCGGACACACUCAUACUGGCCGAUCUACAUUCUGCGGACCAACUGAAGGCACAAACCAUCGACUUCAUUAACACGAGUCACGCGACGGACGUGAUGGACACGACGGGCUGGAAGAACAUGAUCUCGUCGCACCCGCACCUCAUCGCGGAGGCGUUCCGCGCGCUCGCCACGCAGCAGCAGCAGAUCCCGCCCAUCGGCCCGCCGCGCAAGCGCGUCAAGCAGGCCUAGUGGCCCGCCCGCCCGCCGCGGCCCGCCAGACCCGCGCGGCCCGCCAGGCCCCCGCGGCCCGCCAGGCCCCCGCGACCCCCGCGCCUCACCCGCCUCUAUACCAAAGACACGCCCGACGCGGACGGCGCGAUAUUCGAAUUCUACGCCGGAUAGACGGACUGAUGGAACUAUACGGAUGAUACAGAACAUUGGAGCACGUGCAAUGUGCAUGCUCGAGAACUAGUCCGAAGGGAGUGCGACGCUACGUGUACAUUGAGUUUGAACGUAGCGAGAACUAGUCGGAUUGUAUACGUCGGGAUUAAGUAGUGUGGCAAGGUUGUUUGAUGGUCAUACACUGUGGGAGUAUGUAAAAAGUGUUUAGUGUAGCAAGAUUGAUUAACCGCUCACCCACUACUGAAAAUGCAAUAUUAAAAGCGCAUAGCACAGCAAACUUUUUAUAUGGAAUUUGCGCUCCAAGAAACUGAUCGUUUCUCUAAUAGUCUUUGUAAACAAAUAUCGACUCUUCGUGAGUUAUCAAAGACAUGAAACAGUGACUCGGAUGUCCAUCGUGGGUGGGUCGACAUGUGCGACGGAAUUGACGCGACGUAGCCCAUAGCCCUGUCCGUGACGUAGCUAUAGUUUUAUACUCUCCGUAUCGCGUACAAGUAUCAUAGACUAGUGUGAGAUUGGCCGGUGGUUGUGUUCGUAUGAUGUGUGUUGUGUAGUGAAUCUGCGGAUUCUUGUUCACUUUGAUUGAUCUCAAGACAAUAUUCGGUCCUAAUGUGUUUAUUUCUCAUGCGGUUUAGUGCACCGCUCUUAUUGAUUACAUUUUAAUAUUAUGUACAUUAAAUGCUGGACGCUUUUUGCGCGUUGUAGAUUUUCCAAGUAGUCUUGGAUUUAUUAAACUAUUUUAUGUAUGUCGUUUCUGUGUAUGUUUUUAUGGUUAUGUUUUAAUGUAAAUUAUUGCUUAUAUUCAGUAUAUUGUAUAUUUAAAACCUGUCUAUGUCAUGAAAUAUUCGAUUGUAAAGGAUUUACUUGUAUUGGCUAACACACCAAGAAAACAAUAUUUGAGCUUGUUUACAAGUUAUUUUAUUAGUAAUUGUAUCUAAAAAUGAUUUUUAUAUGAAUGAAGUAUUGUUAGAAAUGUUAAAAUGUAGCACUUUUGAUCAUACUUGAAGUAGCGUGGUAAUUGAAUGCAAUAAAUCUACAUAAAGUUGUGUAACAUAGUUUUAUACAUUAUUGUCUACAUUCAGGUCAUGUGAGUUCAGUAGCGAAAUCGCCUUUUACCUUUGACCGAAAUACUAUAAAUUCGCUGUAAAAAACUAUGUGACAUUGGUUUAGAAGUUAGGUGACUCGAGUGAUUGUAAUAAGUCUAUUGAAAUUGUUGGUGUUGUAUAUAGAUGAUCUACGAUCCCACCAUUAAAGUGUAAUCUUAGUACUAAAACGUAAGCUAAUGCAGACAACACCAUAUUAUUUGUCUGAGUUUGUUGGUGUUAUUCCAAGGACAUAUUGUGAUUUUCAUUUGUAAGUUUAUAAUAGUAUUUAACAAAGUGUAAGCUUUUCGUUUGAAUUGGCAAACUUGUCUUUUUAAUUACAAAUAAUUGAUAUUUAUGUUGUUGGUUUGUUUGUCAGUUUUUCUUGUCCUUCCAAGUCAUGUAAUAAUAAAAACACACUUCAUUUAUGCUCACCUCCGCUCGUUAAUGAAAAAUCUAUUUUUUAAACUUUAUCAGUCUUAUUCCUAUUUAAAUAUUAAGUAAUAACUGUUGCCUAUUAAUGGAAAUGUUCACGGUUCGUACGUAACUGAAGGGAGAUUGUACCAAUAAUUAUAUAUAAUAGGAUUACAAGCCAAUAUGUAAGUAAUACUGCGGCCAAUAAAGUUUAUAAUACCAUUUUGUACCCACUAUCCAUAAUAGCUGGCAGCUGUUGUCAUGUAAUAUGAUAGUUACAAAACAAUUGUCAGAAGUAAUAACUGUGAUUUUCGAAAUUUUCAAUAAGUUGAGGAAAUAAAUGAAAUGAUGUAAUAUUAA